CCACAGUGACGUCAUAUAGCAAGACAUCGGUUCAGGUAGCGGCAGCCAAUCACAGCGGCGACUGCUUGACGGACACGUGGUGAGCAGCCAAUAGGAAGCCUCCGUUGGUCAGGCGGGGGGUGGGAAGAGUAUUGACAGUUUCUUCCACGCUUCUAGUGGGUCUUUGGACCGGUUGAGGACGUUUGAAAUGGCGAUCCACUUGUAUGAAAUGAGCAGUAAGCUGCUCGGAGACACUGUUGGGAAGAUGAGCGACAACCUGACCUCCGUGGUGCUGGCAGCCUCCGUCAUCACUCUCACUCUCGGAUAUCUCUCUAAGAUGCUGCUCAAACAGUCCUCUGACAGUGACCUGAAGUAUCCCCCUUACAUCCCCUCCAGCAUCCCCUUCCUGGGUCAUGCCAUUGCAUUUGGGAAAAGCCCCAUUGAGUUUCUGGAAAAUGCUUAUGAAAAAUACGGCCCCGUGUUCAGUUUCACCAUGGUGGGGAGUACAUUCACCUAUCUGUUGGGCAGCGAAGCCGCCACGCUGAUGUUCAACAGCAAGAACGAGGACCUGAAUGCCGAGGACGUCUACUCCAGACUGACCACUCCAGUGUUUGGCAAGGGAGUAGCCUAUGAUGUGCCGAACCCUAUCUUUCUGGAACAAAAGAAGAUGUUGAAGACGGGACUGAGCAUCGCUCAUUUUAAGGAACAUAUGAAAAUCAUCGAGGCAGAGACCAUCGAGUAUUUUCAGAGAUGGGGAGACAGCGGGGAGAAAAACCUGUUUGAGGCCUUGUCUGAGCUGAUCAUCAUGACGGCCAGCAGCUGCCUUCAUGGGAAGGAGAUCCGCAGCAUGAUGAACGAGGGAGUGGCUCAGCUCUACGCCGACCUGGACGGAGGAUUCAGCCACGCUGCCUGGCUCCUGCCCGGCUGGCUGCCCCUGCCCAGCUUCAGGAAAAGGGACAGAGCUCACAGAGAGAUCAAGAACAUCUUCUUCAAGGUGAUUCAGAAGCGCAGACAGUCUGGAGAGAAAGUGGACGACAUGCUGCAGACCCUCGUCGACGCCACCUACAAAGACGGACAACCCCUGAACAAUGACGAGAUCGCCGGGAUGCUGAUUGGUCUCCUCCUGGCGGGUCAGCACACGUCCUCCACCACCAGCGCCUGGCUGGGUUUCUUCCUGGCCAGAGACAAAGCUCUGCAGGAGCGCUGCUACGCCGAGCAGAGGGCUGUGUGUGGAGAAGAGCUGCCGCCACUCGACUUUGAUCAGCUGAAAGACCUCAGCUUGUUGGAGCGCUGUUUGAAAGAGACCCUGCGUCUCCGCCCGCCCAUCAUGACCAUGAUGAGGAUGGCCCGCUCUCCUCAGAGUGCAGCAGGAUACACCAUCCCUGUGGGCCACCAGGUCUGUGUCUCCCCGACUGUCAACCAGCGUCUGCAGGACACCUGGGUGGAGAGGAUGGAGUUCAGCCCCGACCGCUACCUCAACGACAACCCCGCUGCAGGGGAGAAGUUCGCCUACGUGCCGUUUGGAGCCGGCCGCCAUCGCUGCAUCGGGGAGAACUUCGCCUACGUCCAGAUCAAAACCAUCUGGUCCACUAUGCUGCGCAUGUACGAGUUUGACCUGGUGGACGGAUAUUUCCCCACAAUCAACUACACCACAAUGAUUCACACCCCUCACAACCCCAUCAUCAGAUACAAGAGGAGGAAACAGUGAGCGGCGAGGAGCAAAGACACGAGGAAACAGUCAAACAUCCAGAGUGUUUGAAGUGAAGCUCUGACUUCCUGGGACUUGAAUUUGGGAGCAUUUAGAUAAACGCAUGUUGCUCUGCCUAAAUGUCCAACAGUGGUUUAGUUUUUGUGCUUCUUUCAGCCUUUUUUUCCCCGAAUGUCAACAGUGAUACAUGCAGUUUUGAAACUUGUGUUUCCAGAGUGACUGUAUGACUGUUUGAACACAUUAUGCUCAUAUUCACAAUGUGAAUACACAGUGCCUUGAUGGAGGGGAAACAUCUGUUGAGUGAAUGAAGCCUCGGGACCCUAGCAAGUUUUAUUCAGUAGAUAACCAAGCCGAGGGUCUUACUUUCGUCCAUAUUACAGAUUUGGAUGGGUGGAGGGUUUUCUCAGCAGUUAUCCAGUAAACUUCAUCAUUCCUGCUUCAUGAGACAGGCCUUUUCUACAUUUACACCAAUGGCCCAAAAAAGCGUCCUGCAUCUUACAAGAGAGCAACAUUUUUGAGUGAUAUUGCAACCUUUAUCGCAUUAAACAUGUUAUGUUUUCAGUGUUUUUAAAGCAUGAAACAGGUAACCUGAAAAACAUCAUGUGCCUCUGUGUCCUCCGGUGCUCCUAACGGCAUAAUAGCUGUGAUAGUUGUAAGCCUCUGGUGUACAGAGUCUGAAUUAUGAAUGAUGUUGUAGGAUGAUGCCACUGUCACAGAUCAUUUUUCUUCAAAAAUGGCAAAUGCUCCAAUCUACAUAGCCCCCCAUUUGAGGAUAUAAACUUUAUUGCUGUCACCUGAACUUUGAAUAAAGUGUUUUUUAAAAGGUGACCUGAACUAAUUAGGAAUUUUCCACCUGGACUUCGUUGAGUUAACGAGCACCGAUUAUCUUUAGUGGGAAUAGAAAGUUACAAUAUCUCACUGCAAGCUGUGCUGUUGUUCAUAGGACUUGAAUCAAACUCUGUGAAAUGUCUUCUCAUUUUUUUUCCAACAUAUUUAUCAUGACAUAUUUAGGUUUGUUUUGUCCUUAUUGUUAUUUUUGGUUAUUUUGUUCCAGAAAAAAAAACGGUUGUUAAUGUUUAAUUCCUUCUUUCAAUAAAGAAACUUUCAACUA